GGACUGACCGAAUUGUAUCUGGAGAGAAGGAGUGAGAGAAAGAAAAAGAGAGAGAGACAGAGAGUAAGAGGAAAGAGGAACCCUUUGGGAGGCAGCAGCAGUCUUUGGUAUUCAGAGGAUUUCCUUUGGGGAUAAAAGGACGCUUGGUAUUGAUGACUGGAGAGGUCUAGACUGCUGGUUGUGAGGAUGUUGUCUACAGGACAGAUCAGGUGGUGUUUGUGGGCUCCACUGGUGUUACUGGCCCUAGUUUCCCAUUUCCCCAGUAAAGCACAGGGUCAAGUUCCAUCUCCGAGGAGGCUUCGUUUCAAAGUGCUGAGUGCAAGCAAACUCCUUGUUUCAUGGAAGGAGCCCAAAGGAGACUUUGACAGCUAUCUGUUCCUCUACAACAGCAUACCAGGUGGUCGUCAGAGGGAGAUCAUAGUAUCUAAAUCUGACAGCAAGGUGUUGAUAACAGACUACAACCCCUCUAAAGACUACAUCGUCAGUGUCAUCGCUGUCAGCAGCAACCAGCAGAGUAGACCACUGAAGGGUAGACAUAAAGCUGAAAGAGGUGAGAGUCAUGGAGGAGACAAGACUGAACCCCAGAGGCUGACUGAUUCAGUUGUACAUCCUGAGGAUGCCAACGAGAUCUCCGGAGUUGAUCAGUUUGUGUGCCACACUGAGGCCAUAGCAGACAUCGUGAUCCUGGUGGAUGGCUCCUGGAGUAUCGGUCGGCUCAACUUCCGGCUGGUCCGCAUGUUCCUGGAAAACCUGGUCAAUGCCUUUGAUGUUGGUAUUGAUAAGACAAGGAUAGGUUUGGCCCAGUACAGCGGUGAUCCAAGGAUAGAGUGGCAUCUAAAUGCUUUCACUACUAAAGAUUCUGUCAUUGAUGCUGUCAAGAAUCUUCCUUACAAAGGAGGAAACACUCUCACAGGACUUGCAUUGACCUAUAUCUUGGAGAACUGUUUCAAGCCUGAGUCUGGCUCACGGGUUGGUAUACCAAAGAUUGGGAUCCUCAUCACGGACGGAAAGUCUCAGGAUGAUGUUAUACCACCUGCAGAGAGCCUGCGAAAUGCCGGGAUUGAGCUGUUUGCUAUUGGUGUAAAGAAUGCUGAUGAGAAUGAGCUACGCUCCAUCGCCUCCGAACCAGAAAACACUCAUGUCUAUAAUGUGGCCGACUUCAACAUCAUGAGCUCCAUCGUCGAGGGACUGACAAAAACAGUGUGUGAACAAGUGGAGCUGCAAGACAAGGACAUCAAGCAGAAGCAGACACCGGAGAAGAUCGGGGCGCCACUUGACCUGGUGACAUCAGAGGUUACGGCCCGGAGCUUUCGAGUUACAUGGAGCCACUCCCCAGGAGACGUAGAGAAAUACAGAGUGGUUUAUUACCCUGCACAGGGAGGAGAACCACAGGAGGCUGUAGUAGACGGCAGUGAGACUUCAGUGGUGCUGCAGCAUCUCAGCUCUCUCACUGAAUACCAGCUGGCUGUGUUUGCUGUGUAUGCAAACGAGGCAAGUGAAGCUCUGAGAGGAUCAGAAACAACCCUGGCUCUUCCCACAGUGACGGGCCUCCAGCUGCUGGAUGUGACUCACAGCACCAUAAAAGCAAGAUGGGACAGUGUGGACGGAGUAUCUGGCUACAUGUUGCUGUAUGCACCUCUUACAGAUGGUGGAGACUUGGAUGAGAAAGAGGUCAAGGUAUCAGAUGCGGUGACAGAGCUGGAGCUGGAUGGGCUGACCCCUCACACUGAAUACACUGUCACUGUUUAUGCUAUGUAUGGAGAGGAGGCCAGUGACCCCAUGACAAGCCAGGAAACUACAUUACCACUAAGCCCUCCCAGCAACCUUCAGUUCUCUGACAUCACCCACAACUCCGCCCACAUCAGCUGGGACCCUGCACCCAUAGGAGUUAAAGGUUAUCGCAUCAUGUGGAUCAAGACAGAUGACCAACUCUCAGAGGAGGUGGAGGUGGGUCCAGUGAGCUCUUAUGACCUCAGUGAGCUGACAUCUCUGAUGGAGUACUCAGUGGCCAUCUUUGCUCUGUAUGACAAUGGCCAAUCGGUACCGCUCGGUGAUGGAUUCACUACCACUCCAGUUCCUGGUCCUCUGAAUCUCCUCUCCAGUGAUGUCAGUACAAACAGCUUCCAGGUCAGCUGGGAUCACUCAGCCAAUGACAUCAUCCUAUACAGACUCUCCUGGGCACCGUUCACAGGUGGUGACACAAACGAGGUGGUCUUGAGUGGAAGUGAUAACAGAUACAUCCUGAAUGGUCUGAAUCCCUCUACUGAGUAUGAAGUUAUGUUGACGGCUGUAUUCAAAGACGAUUCAGAGAGUGACACCAUCUCUGUCAUCGAGACCACAUUGACCGAGACAACAACGAUUGCUCCUACAACCGCAGUGGCACGUCAGGCGGUGAGAAACCUUCAGCUGAGUGAUGAGACCACCCAGAGUUUAGAGGCGUCGUGGGAGCUGGAAGACCCCCACGUGGAGAUCUACAGGGUGUCCUACGCCGGCGUCAGGGGCAAUCACAAAGAGGAGUCUGUGUUAGUUCUUGGUGAUCAGAGGAGAGCAGUGCUCCAGCCUUUACUAUCAGACACCCAGUACAAAGUGACAGUCACACCAGUCUACACUGACGGACAAGAUGGCAUCAGCGUUUCCGCCUUGGGUGCCACAUUGCCCCUCUUGUCUCCUGGAAACAUACGUGUGUCAGAGGAGUGGUACAACCGCUUCAGGGUCACCUGGGACCCUCCUCAGUCUCCCGCUGAGGGUUACAGGAUUGUUUACCAGCCCAUCUAUGUUCCAGGGCCAGUUUUGGAGACAACAGUGGGUGAGGAUUUGAACUCCGUGCUCCUCCUUAAUCUACUGAGUGGGACGGAGUACAGUGUUCAUGUGACGGCUUCCUACCCUACAGGACAAAGUGAACCACUGCUAGUGAAUGCUAAGACAUUGUUCCUAGGUGUCUCUGGCUUGUCAACCUACCAGGUGCAUCACAAUAGCAUGUGUGUCCAAUGGCAGCCUCUUCUACAUGCUACAUUAUACAGAGUCUCCAUACAGUCUACACUGAAUAGCCAGAGGCAGGAAGUGAGCCUAGGAGGUGGGGCUUCCCGACAGUGCUUCUAUGACCUCACUCCCAGCAGCCAAUACCAGAUCAGCGUUCACACCCAGAUGCAGGAAAUGGAGGGCCCUGCUGUCUCCAUCACUGACAUGACACUGCCCGCACCCACUCAGGCUCCAACUGAACCCCCUCCCACAGAGCCCCCUCCCACCAUCCCACCCGCUAAAGAAGUGUGUAAGGAGGCCAAGGCUGACCUGGCAUUCCUGGUCGAUGGCUCCUGGUCCAUCGGAGACGACAACUUCAUGAAGAUUACACGUUUCCUCUAUAGCACUAUGGGAUCAUUGGAUCUGAUUGGACCAGACGGCACCCAGGUGGCCAUUGCUCAGUUCAGUGACGAUGCUCGGACAGAAUUCCAGCUGAGUUCCCAUGGAAACAAGGAAGCGCUGCUGGAAGCUAUUCAGAGGAUCAGAUAUAAGGGAGGAAACACCAAGACAGGUCGAGCCAUCAAACAUGUGAAAGAGUCCAUUUUCACUUCAGAGGCCGGAGCCAGACGCGGAGUUCCCAAGGUCCUGGUUGUCCUCACUGAUGGCCGCUCGCAAGAUGAUGUCAACAAAGUCUCCAAAGAAAUGCAGAUGGAGGGCUAUAUCAUCUUUGCAAUUGGCUUCGCGGAUGCGGAUUACGGGGAACUGGUGAAUAUAGCCAGUAAGCCCAGUGAUAGACACGUCUUCUUUGUGGAUGAUUUGGACGCUGUGAAGAAAAUAGAAGAGCAGCUCAUUACCUUCGUCUGCGAGGCUGCCACUGCCACUUGUCCAUCUGUUUUGAUGAGUGGUAACACAAUGACAGGUUUCCGCAUGAUGGAGAAGUUUGGCCUGGUAGAGAAGGAGUACAGCACCAUACCUGGAGUUUCUCUGGAGCCGGGUUCGUUCAACAGCUACCCCUGUUACAGGUUACACCGUGACGCUCUGGUGUCACAGCCCACCAAGUAUCUUCACCCUGAAGGUUUACCCUCCGACUACACCAUUUCUAUGAUGCUCCGGCUACUUCCUGAGACUCCGCAGGAGCCCUUUGCAUUGUGGGAAAUCCUCAAUAAGGACAGCGAGCCAUUGGUGGGACUGAUUCUGGACAACUCUGGAAAGACCUUAACGUUCUUCAACUAUGACUACAAAGGAGACUUUCAGACCGUCACGUUUGAAGGAACUGAAAUCAAAAAAAUCUUCCAUGGCAGUUUCCACAAGCUCCAUGUGACCAUCAGCAAGACAGCUGUGAAGGUGGUGUUAGACUGCUCUGUUGUUGGGGAGAAAGGCAUCAGUGCAGCUGGUAACAUCACCACGGAUGGUGUGGAGAUCCUGGGACGGAUGGUCCGGUCCAGAGGCCGACGGGACAACUCUGCUCCAUUCCAGCUCCAGAUGUUUGAUAUCAUCUGCAGCACAUCCUGGGCCAGCAGAGAUAAGUGCUGUGAACUGCCAGCAUUGAGAGUUGAAGAGCAGUGUCCUUCUAUGCCUCAUUCCUGUACCUGCUCCCAGGACAGCAAGGGACCCCCAGGACCACCCGGACCUCCCGGUGGUCCAGGAAUAAGAGGAUCCAGAGGAGACAGAGGAGAGCCAGGAGUGACGGGACCUCAAGGGCCAAUGGGAGAGAUUGGCUCUCUUGGACCCCCAGGACCGCCUGGUCCUCAGGGACCCAGCGGGCUCUCUAUUCAGGGCCCACCGGGUGCUGCUGGGGAGAAGGGAGAGAGAGGAGAGAUCGGUCCAGCCGGACAGAUGGGUGUUCCUGGAAGCCCAGGCUCCCCUGGCAGAGACGGCCCCCCGGGAGCGAGGGGUCUACCGGGUAAUAAUGGACCUCAGGGACGACAGGGACCUCCUGGACCCAUUGGAUCCCCGGGAGCACCUGGAGCUUCAGGACCAGGUGGGCCAUCAGGGGCUCAAGGGGAUCAAGGACUUCCUGGUCCUGCUGGUACCAAAGGAGAUAAGGGAGAAAGAGGUGAUGUGCAAUCCCAAGCUGCGGUGCGUGCCAUCGCACGGCAAGUGUGUGAACAGCUCAUCCAGAGCCACUUGUCUCGCUAUAACUCCAUCCUGAACCAGAUCCCUGUCCAGUCUGCAGUGUCAGUCCGAACAGUACCUGGGCCGCCAGGAGAGCCAGGUCGAAGAGGCCUUCCAGGACCUCAGGGAGAGCAAGGCCCUCCUGGCAGACCAGGCUUCCCUGGUACCAAUGGCCAGAAUGGACGACCGGGAGAGAGAGGUCUGCUAGGAGAGAAGGGCGAGAGGGGGAGUCCAGGUGUUGGGAGUCAGGGACCUCGAGGACCACCUGGACCUCCAGGCUUGCCAGGUGAAGGACGAACAGGCAGCCAGGGCCCUACCGGUCGGCCUGGUAACCCGGGGUCACCGGGUAGGCCGGGGAACCCAGGUACCACCGGACCAGCUGGCCCACCGGGAUACUGUGACCAGAACUCAUGUCUGGGAUACAACGUUGGAGUCCAACCACUGCCUCACGGUGGCUACCAGUCCUACAAUCCGCCCUACAACCAGCCGUACAACCCUGCUGCAGUGGCUUACAACAACGACCAAGGAGGCGAAGAGGGUGAGGAGGAGGACGAGGAAGAGGACCCCUAUUAUCGCGGUUACCCGCCUCAGUACUACCCCCAACAGCCCUCCCCGCUGGCUCACAGUCGCCAUGGUUACCGCUCGAGCCCCACCCACUCCGAGGACGUGGAGCUGAGGUCACCGGGAGUCGCCAGGAGGUUUUCACGUGACGUCGUCGUCAUGGAGGAGAGCGAGGAAGGAGGACUUUAGAGGAAGAAGGAUGGACUCACCUCAAGUGCUUGAGCCCUGCACGCCACACAAACAAACCAGACACUGACACACACAUACACAAUGUCCAAACUGAAACCCCCCCCCCCAUCUGAAACUGUGGUGAGACCCCCCCCCCCCCUCCCGCUCCCUCCCCGUGUAUCCAGUGGUUCUGUCCACCUGGUGAAACUAUGUAAAUAGCUCUGUGGACUCUUGUACGAUAUCUCUGUAAAAAAAAAAAAAAAAAAAAAAGAAAAAAAAGGGGGGGGUGGGGGGUCCGAAAAGUGCCUGAUCUAUGUUAGCAUCGUCCAGUGGUAAUGUAAAGGUAAGACCACUUCUCUCAUCUUACAGCUGAUUUCAGGACUAAACCCUUCUUUCGUGUGAAGUUGCAUGUCUCCUUUGAGCCAACCACCGAGUGUGUAACUGGACACGUGCAUCUUGUGUUGGUCGUAUGUAAAUUAGCUAGAUGAUCACGGAUGAUGAGCUGGUACCAUUUGUACAGGCUGCUUUUUAUAACGACGAAACAUGUUUUCCCCUGCUUCUGUGCUGUCUUUAUUUCAUGUGUGUUAAUGUUUUUGAAGUGAUUUUUUUCCGUACAGUAUUGUGUUGUUUGCUUCUCUUUGCCAGUUUUUUUAGUUUUUAGCUGAGCUAAUAUUGGCGUUUUCCCCCCCAAAGGACUGUAGACUGAAGCAGAUGCAUCAGUUUUCUGCUACUUUAACACUGUGCAACACUCAAACUUAUUACUUUUUAAAUUAUGAGUUUUAUUCAUGGAGAACAUCAGGUUACCAGUAUACCAAUAUGUCUUUUCUGUUAUCACAAACCUGAGUCAGGUCAAAGAAAUUAUCAAGAUGUGUGCUGAAUUUAAGAGACUCAUCUGUGUUGUUUUGUGUUUUUUGUAGCUGCCCCUGUUUGUUUUGUUUAGUCUUAUGCAAAGUCGGGGUCUGUUCACUCUGGAGGCUGUUUGCUCACUGGUUGACCUCUGACCUCUUGCUGGAAUAAGUCCUGGAUCCAGUUAUUAUUCAAAACACUCUGUUGCUUCUCUGUGAAAACCAAUAAGGACUGACCCACAAGUGUAAACUUUGCCUGUCCUGCACUGCAGUCUGAAAAAACAAGCACUAAAUGUAACCAAAAGUUGAGCUGUUGAGCUGGCCGCGGUCUGUUUUCACCAGUUAGAACAAGGAAUGUGUCUCACCACCUGCCCCUUAGUAUGAUAUGAACUUAUUUAUUUUCUAUUUUGUUUGCUUUUAUAAUCAAUAAAUCUGUAAUGAGACAACA